AUGAACUUUGGUAAUAAUGUUGCAAGUGGUUUUCAACAGCUAUCGAGCUCAAAUCGGAUUAUACAUCAUCAACAGCAACAGCAACAACGAAGGGUGAUUGAAGAUGUUAUGGAUGACACGAAAAUAAAUAACAUCCCCUUAAAUAACCACCAAUUUCCUCAGCAGUUACAGCCAGGUGUUUCUGAUGUACAAUACACUAAUUUUGUGCAACAGCAACAUCAGCAGCCUAUAGCACAAGUGCAAAUGGGGCAUCCACACCAUUCACUUUAUCCUGUUGCUCUUCAUCCACUUCACCCCCAUCCUCCCGUUCCUCAAAACCAUGUUAUUCAUCAAGGUGCUCCUCAUCCCGCUGGACCUCCUCGGCAUCAAAUGUUUCAGUUGAUUCCAAACAGAGGAAUGAUGAAUGGUGUUCCUACUCCCCAGCAAUUUGCAAUUAUACAACAACAACAACAACAACAACAACAACAACAACAACAACAACAACAACAACAACAACAACAACAACAACAACAACAACAACCGUUCAACCCAAAUACAGUGUACCAUCAAGACUCUUUGACAUCCCAGGCUCAAAUGCAAUUUCACAUUCAACAACGGCUUCAGCAUCAACAGAUGGUACAACUUCAACAGUCACAAUUACAACAAGCUCAAGCCGCACAACAAGCACAACAAGCACAUAUCCAAUCUCAAAUUCCCCAACUGCACCAAGUACAGAUCCUCAGGCAACAGCAAUCUGCUCAAGCAUUGCCACAAAAUGCUUUCGACCAACAUAUCCCUGAACAGUUAAUUAAACAAAAACAGUUUCAAAAUCACAUCCAACAACAGCGCCAAAGGUAUCAAAUGCAAAUGCAAAUGCAAAUGCAAAUGCAAACACCAACUGAACGAACAUCUACUCUGAAGGUUUUAAAUAUGAACCCCAAUUCUCCUAUUUGUGGGGAUGUUAGAAAUGUCGGCAGUGCUCCGGAUAUUAACAAAGCUGAAAUUGUAUCUAACUUGGGAAAGGGAUUUGACCUGACUAGCAAAGAAGAUGUUUCUGGUGACAAUGAGUCUACGAAAUUAAAAGCUGAUGAAAAUUCUGUUGACCCAUCUUCAUUUCUUAGUCAGACAGAAGAGGAUGAAAAACUAAAUUUUUUGUUAAGCUCAACAGACAAUGUCUAUAAAGAUGAUAUUUCUUCGUUUUUGGAAGAUUCCUUAGUUGAUUUCAAGAACUCUUCAUCGUCUCUGCCCCCAGGAAGUUUUGACCGUAAAUCCAAUCUCGGGAGCUCCAAGAAAAAGAUGGGUUCUUCUCAAGCUGAUCCACAACUUGGGUUAUUACAGAAAAUGGCAGAAAUAGAUGAUGAUCAAAGCAGUGAAAUCUUGUCAGAUUUGUUGUUUCAAAAUAGCAAUUUUUCAAAAACCAACGCGCUUGAUUCACCUAAUGUUUCUACUGUGAAUUCCACACCAAAUAAUCAUGCAAUAGGCAACAACGCUUCUACUCCUGAAUCUUUGAUUAUAUAUGGAGGAAACAAUAAUGGGAAUAAUAGUGCUGAAAGCUCAGCUGGCAGAGCUGCUGGUCCAUGUGUUGGACAAAGCAAUAAUAAUGAUGGAGGUGACGGUGGUGGAGCUAGUAACAAAUUCAGCAUAACAUUAUCAGACUUUGAGUCUCCUUUGGAUCAAAAGUUUGAAAAUAUAGAUCCAAAGAAAAUAAAAAUGAUGAACAGGCCGCCUCCAAUAAUCACAAAUCACACUCCGCUUCAUGAAAUCUCGAACUCGCCUAGUGAUUAUUUCAAUUUUGAAAAAAAUGAUGAAAAUAAACUGAUCCCAUCAGGUCAUAGUACGACAGCAACCACAUCAGUAAUUACAGAUUUGAAGAAUCCGAAGUUCAAUGAUUUAUCGAAGUUCAAGAAGCUAUUGCCUCCUAAUUCUCCUCUGUUAAAGAAUGAUCGCCGAGGUUCUGUGUCUUCAUCCAAUUCUAAUCCAUUAUCGCCAAGCAAGAUUUCCAAGGCAGGUUUCUCCAAGAAUGUUAUACCACCAAUUAAACCAUUUAGUGAUGCUACUAAGCCUCGUUCACCAAGCUCUAGCAGGCCAAAAAGUCCGGCGACCAAGAGCAGCAACUCUCUGAUCUCACCUAAUAAGACCCUUCGUAAAUCAAAAUCGACAUUGAAUACCAAGUCUUUGAAUAAUUCUAGUGUCAAUGUUGGAAAAAUCAAAGCCCUAGACCCAAAACCAAAGAGAACAUUUUCAUUUGAUCAGUGCUCUUCAACUCUUGAUUUUACGAAGAAUUUUCAACAAAAUUCUGUCAGCACCCCAUUAGGGCCGCAAGGAGGUAUGAUAUCCACGUUUUCUGCUAGUGGUGGGAACAAGGUUUAUAGUUUUAUUAUGGAACCUUUGGGGAAACAAUUGGAGAGAGAUGCAAAUAGUGGAAAAAAAUCGAAGAACAACCUCAAUUUGAAUAUCAAUACAAAAGCGGCCACUACUGGUGCUAAGAAUUCAUCAACCAUUUCGAACUUUGGUACAUCUAACAAUAAAGCCAUUACUGCUGAAAAUUUUAUUAGAGUUUCAACUCCUUCGAAUAUUGAAAGUAACAUUCUGGAUUCAAUUUCUCCGACAAACUUGAUCAGUAAUAAGAGUACCGGUGCCAAUUCUUCGACGUCCCAACAACCACCGAACUUGUCACAAUCACAAUCUUCAUCUUCAACUUCCCACUAUUCUUUGACAUCGCAAAUGAGAUUACCUAGUCAUAUUUCCUCUGUACAACCCCUGGCUCCAAACUCUGCGAACUCCAAUACCAAUGCUGCUGUCAUUGGUGGGGCAACAGAUCUCUUAUCACCUACCCUUUCUAUUCAAUCUAAUCCGUUGGACUCUCCAAUUGCGCAUACCCCAAACUCUAUCAAUUUUCCACACCAAGGAGGACUUGUCAAUAGUCUGACCCAUUUUGGUAGAACCAAUAGUUUGGUUGGAUCAACUGGUGUUGGAAAAUUCCAAAGCUUGGGGAAUGCUUUUGCAGGGACGAUGUUUAUAGAUGGUUUAGAUGUGAAUAUGAUGGACGAAAUGAGUGAAAUUCACAUGAGUGAGGAUGCAAUGGGUAUGAACUUUAGUGGCAUGAAUAUCAUUUUGGAGGAAGAAAACAAUAAUAACUCUACGAACGGUGAUAGCGGAAUAUCAGGAAAUGGAAAUUUUGUUAUGGAUGGUGGUGUUGAUGAUGAGGGAGAUUUCCAAGGAAUGGUAAUGUAA